AUGACUGAGGCAACGGAUCAUGAAAAGCCACCAGGAAAUACCGAUGCAGAAGCCAAAAUUUUACGAAAAAAGGCCCUGUCGCCAUCGAUAUUUUCACGGCCUAAAAAGAUCGCAAUCAUCAUCCUCGUUUUCUCCAUGACCUUCAUUGGGCCGAUUGGGGCGGGGAUAUAUUAUCCAUCUUUAGCUCCCCUUGCCAAAGAUUUCCAUGUCUCGCCGAACCAGAUCAGCUUCACUCUCACUGCAUACAUGCUCUGCCAGGCUGUGUUUCCACUACUAAUCGCGGGCAUGUCCGAUGAGCGAGGGCGCCGACCUGUGUUGAUCGUUAGUCUAGUUGUAUGCAUUGCCAUCAAUAUUGGUCUGGCGCAACAGACUACCUAUGUCGGACUACUGGUCCUUCGCUGCCUGCAAAGCUGCGGCAGUAGUAGUGUCUCCAUUGUCUCGAUGGCUAUAUUGCACGAUAUCCUUCUUCCCACUGAGCGCAAGGACUUCCGAGUCUACACUUCGGUGGGCUAUUCAAUAGCUCCAGCCGUCAGUCCACUUAUCGGCGGUCUUCUCUCGCAAUUUUUUGGCUGGUCAAGUAUUUUUUACUUUUUGGCUACUGUUGCGGGAGUUGUUCUGAUCCUUGUCACUAUCGUUCUCCCAGAAACCUGUCGGGGACAGGUCGGAAAUGGUAGCGUGCCCCCAAAGCGAUGGAAUCGCCCUAUUAUGGAGCUGCUCUGGCCGCCGUCCAGUCCUCCUCCGGAAUAUGACACCUGCAUCCCGCUCAAACCACGAUCAACCAUUCUGCAAACAAUCCAGAUAGCGUUCCGCAAGCAAAUAUUCCUAUUAAUUAUAUUCCAAGCAAUUCUCUUCGGUGGUUCUAUUGCAAUCAUCGUCACUAUCCCUGUGGUAUUCACUGCUCGAUUCCACUUCAACGUCCUCGAAGUUGGCGCUACGCACCUCUCUUAUGCGAUAGGGGGGUUCACAUCGCGUUGGAUAUUUGGUCCAUUGAUGGCCGCUAAUACAAGACGACACAAGCGGCUGGCUGGAGUGGGAAAGGAAACCCAAUUCGGGGAACCAAUAGUCUUCCACAAGGAGCGAGCCCGGCUUCAAGUAGCCCUUCCCACCGUAUACCUGGGGAGUGCAUUUGUUGUAGCUUACGGUUGGGCUCUGCAUUACGAAAUGCACGUCGUAUGUCCGAUAGUGAUAUUGUUCUUUCUGGGAAAUACGUUGACGGGUGCGAGGACACAGCUGGCGGGGCUGGUCUCAAGUCUACACUUACAUCAGCCCGCCAGUACCUCAGCCGCUAGUAAUUUCUUUCGCUUCCUAUGCGGCGCAGGGGCUACGGCCGCGGUAAUUCCAAUGAUCAAAGCUGUGGGAAUAGGCUGGAUGGGAACUAUGAUUGCCCUGAUAUAUCUGAAGGCGUCUAGCCUACUGUGGGUUGUAUACGCAUACGGACACAAAUGGCGUCCGGCGGGAAUACAGAUCUCCAGUAGUGACAAAUAA